UUUGCUUCUGCGCGGGUAAAGACAGCUGAUUCCUCAUUCCAGGCACGACUGAUAGGCCCAUUGUUAUUCCCAGUCUACUUGUAGGACGUAAGCAAUACGACUCAAAGGUGGACCAGUGCCCACUUUGUCUGAUUCGUUAUCGUAGGUGUGUGAAGAAUGUUGGAGAUAGUAGGACAAGUUGUGGUGUACAGCAUUGCAGGGUGCCCUCAUUGUUUGGCAGCCAAGAACACUUUGAGGGAGUCUGGUGUGCCCUACACUGACAUUCCUGUGGACCGUUUUCCUUCUGUGCAAAGCUGGCUACAGGAGAAAACAGGACAGACAUCAGUGCCUCAAAUAUUCUUCAAUGAAACUUUUGUUGGUGGUAAUGACAGUCUACAAAAAGUGAUAAAAGAUGAAGAGGAGUGGAAUAAGUUGCUAUCAGACAUUCAGACCAAUAAACUAAAGGAGGGUGCUCUCAACAUCCCACAUCCUUCAGAGGCAACUGAUGUAGCAGUUUCAGAGUUUGUGUGCGAGAAUGACCCUUCAGCCCCCAUUGUGGAAGAGUUGCAGGAGUCGGGUAUCCUGCAUGAUCACAGGACUUCUCUGUUUUCAAGCACAAAGAAUGUUUUUUCAGGUCAACAUUUUGUCAAUUGGAUCAUGAGAGCAAAGGAAGUUGAUGAAAAAGAAGCCCAUAGUAUUGGGCAAGAUCUCCUGAGCAAGAAGUAUAUUCUACCUCUACAAAAUGAUGCUGAGACAACCUUAGUGAAUGACCCCAAGGUGUACUACAGACUGAACGACACAAGUAAUUCAUCGGCCUUGAAUGCUGGACCAACCCAGAAGUGCAAGUUGGGUGAUGCUGGGGAGUUGUCGGAGGCACUUCGCAAGACCAUGUUGAAACUCACCACUGAUCACAUCUCGGCUGAUGGCAAAGUUGUCAACUACCUGGAAAUGAGGAAUUCUGAAGAAUUUGACAACUAUGUCAAAAUGUCAAAGGAAUUGCAGCAUGUUGCUGUUGAGAAGUUGAGCCAAGAUGAAACUAAAGCAUUCUUCAUCAAUAUCUACAAUGCACUCGUCAUUCAUGCCACUGCAGUGAAUGGCCCUCCUUCCAACUGGUUCUCCAGACUGAGGUUCUUUGACAAAACCUCAUACAUUAUUGGAGGUUACACGUACAGCCUAAACGACAUAGAGAAUGGAGUGCUAAGAGCCAACAAGCGAGGUGCACUUCAGUUCUUUGCUCCAUUUGGAAAGUCAGACCCUCGACUAAAGACGAGUCAGAUGCAGGUGGAUCCUAGGAUUCAUUUUGCCUUGAACUGUGGGGCAAAAAGCUGUCCCCCCAUAAAAACUUUCAGCUCCAAGAACAUAAAUGAAGAGUUGAGGAUCGCAACAGAGGCAUAUUUGGAGUCAGACGAGGCCCUGCAGGUUGAUGAAGAUCAGAGCAUCAUUCGUCUAUCCUCACUCCUGAAAUGGUAUUCUUCAGACUUUGGAGAAUCCUUGGAUGAGGUUUUACAAUGGGUCUUGCAGAAUGCUGCUCAUCCUAAGAAAAAAGUUGCUCUUCAAAGUGUAAUAAAUGUAAAAAAAUACAAGGUAAGAUAUAUCACUUAUGAUUGGGGAAGCAAUAGCCUUGAUUGAUUACUCUAACCCAAUGUAUUGAAGUAGCUGUAACCAAAUAGUAUGAACAGUUGUAUUAAAGUAGCUGUAACCAAAUACUACAACCAGAUUUAUAUCUAUUUAGCCAUAAUUGAACACUAUAAUUAUAUGUUAUCUAAAGUAGUCUCCACUGAGUAUUAUAAAUAGAUGCACCAGAUUUAUGAAUAUGGGUAUUAGGUGAAUAAUUUGAUUUUAAAUUUAAUGAUGUAUUUUACAGAAAUCACAAUUUAUGAACAAAUAGAACCUUUGUAAAUUAGAUUAAUUCCUCCUUAGAUGGGUAUUUUACAGAAAUCACAAUUUAUGAACAAAUAGAACCUUUGUAAAUUAGAUUAAUUCCUCCUUAGAUGGGUAUUACAUUAGGCAAGAAGCACUUAAUAGAUUAGAGAUUAAUCAUUGCUUGAAUGGUAGAAGACAUCACAGUAGACUUCAACACAUAAUACAUGAAUCAAUUGCUGCCUCAGCUGCUGCUGCCACAUUUCACAAAGAUUGCUAAAGUGAACAGAGGUGUGCACAUCUGUCCACAUUGUAGUAUGUAGGGAGAUAUAUAUGAUAAUGUAUAUAUGUAUAAUGAUGUUACAAAGACUAUUUUUCAACUUAAAGGUUUAAGUUGUCAUGUGCUAGGCAGAUCCAUUGAUGGUGAUUCAGUGUUUUAAAUGUGUUGAAACUGAACAGCUUCUUGCCUUAACUCAAAUACUUCUGCUCUGAAAUAGGUUCAUAAGUGAAUGGAAAGGAUGAUGGAUUGUAAUUUUAUUCCAGAUAUAACAUUUAUUGUUGCCUUUCAUAACAGAUACAAACUAUGAACCACUGACCUCAGUAUACAAGGAUUGCCUUUCUGGAUAGAAAGCUUGAACCUGUGGCUGCUAUCCUGAAUAUAUUUAAGGCCAAGGUAUUUUCCUAAAAAAUAAAGCAUCAUGCUGUGAGCCAGUAGGACAUCAUAAAAUGCUUCAGUAUGGAUUUGUAGUAUUUUUUAAAAAUGCCAAGUAUCAAAUUUUCAUCUAUGUUAAAACUGGUUAAGUAUUCCCAUGUUUGGCACAUUUUUAAAAUUAUUGCCUGUAACAUGCUUUAAAUAUCUUGUAUAAUAUUUAUUUUACUCUAAGAAAUUGAUUAGAUUGCAAAAAAAAAAAAAAUUAAUUAAUUAAUUAAAAAAUUGCCAGUUUUUUGAGAAAAAAAAAAAAAGUUAUGGUAUAAACUGACAGAUUUCCUGUUUUAUUACUGUUCUAAACAUGUUGCAUACCAGUGAAAUGUGAUGCUUUUAUUCUUUAGAAUCUUGUAAAAUCUAUAUAUAUGCAACCCAACACCACACAUCACCAUUGUGACAGUAGUAGUUGGCUUAGUUCACUGAAGCAAAUGCCAGUGUCAGCCAUUGAAAGAUUAGGUUCACGUACAAUUUCUCAUAAUGGCGAUGUGUGGUGUUUGGCUGCUAAGAUAAAUUUGACAAGCUAGCAAAUAAUUGUGUUUCACAUUUCUAAUGGUUACAGUGGAUAACUAAAAGAAAACUAUGUCAUGAUAUUUUGUAUAAAUUAUGGUAAAUCUUUUCAACCCAAUCAAGUUUUUAAAACAGAAGUGAUUAACAGGUUUGUUAAGUAAGAAGAAAAGUUUUGUCAAACAUGGGGAACACUUAAACAGUGUGUUUAAUAAAGGAUGAAUAAUAAUUUGAGUUAUAGAAAAUUCUGUGAAUUAUUUUCAACUGUUUUACAAUGUCUUACUGGCCUCAGAGCAUGUGUAUUCCUGACUUUCAUGAAAAUAUUUGGCCUGGAAUAUGUUAUAUAGAGAUUGUGGCAGCAGGAUGCAAGACUUGUGUUGAGUUAGCCAAUCCAUGUAUUCCUGAUAUUAAAAAGUUAUGAAUAAAGGCCAAACCCUCAAAGAAUACUUCAUUCCUAUUUAACAGUUCACAUAUAAUGCUGCAUGUUUAUUUCCAGUCUAGCUCUACUCUUAUUUAGACCAGGAGCUAGGCAAGACACAUUUCUGCAACAAUGAAGUCCAUUCUUAGGUUCUGCACCUUGAGCCUAAAUUUGAUAGUGAUAAUUUAUCUGCCCCAAUUACCAAUGUGUAUCAGCAUGGUGCAAAAAUUGCCAAUAAGUAUUGAAACAUAGGUUAAAUGCAAAUUUAGCCUUUCAAGUUUUUGUAACUACACAGAUUAGCCAUUCUUAAGUCAGUGAUCCUGAAUCUGGUAUUCCUAUCAGGUUAACUGGAUACCACACAGGAUAUUUAUUUAUAUUUAUAAAGUUAUCUUGCAAUGAGGUUGUUUCAUUAUUCAAUGACAAUUUCUGUAAGCAACAUGAUUAAAACCAAUAAUUAGGGCUUCUAAAAUCUUGGCAUCAAAGUUAAGCAAACGGAGAGAAUUAGAGAUGGACACAGUUGUCACAGGAUGAACUGUUCUAUAUGUUACCUCAUAAAUGUUACACUCAGCAUGUGGAUUGAAUCUCACCCAGUUCCUGAUCUUAUUGGGAUUCUUAUCCUGUCUCAUCUUGGCAGUAGUGCCAUUCUCCUGUGCCUAAUAUAAGUAAUAUAAUAUAAGUAAUCAUAUUCGGUAUGUAACAGAGCAACAGUAGUCUAGUAAUAACAUCUGAGUACACAAAUAAUUUAGAAACUGCACAUGAACUAAUAUUUUACCAGUAAAUGAAACCCCUAUAUAUCAGCCAUCACUUACUUGGUCAAGGUAAGUGAUUUUAAGUUUUCAGAGUGAAAGUAUAAUAGUGUAUAAAUUACCCUUGUAUAACAAUUAUUACAAAGCUGAUCAAAUAAAGAGGAUGGCUGAUUUUAAAUUUCCCAUACAUGUCAUUCACUUCAGUGCUUGACAAAAUUUCCCCAAAAAUUAUGACAAAAAAGUGGCAUGAAAAAUCUGUGUAGCAGGUUGACAACUCUGUUAAGGAGUUACUUCAUGAAUGUCAAUGUCUCUUUCUUUCAUGCCAUAUCCUAAAUACAGUAAGUCCUUUUUCUUUCAUGCCAUAUCCUAAAUACAGUAAGUCCUUAUUUUAAAAAUAUUGCCAUUUUUGUUCAGUUAUUCACAAAUUUAAAGCAAUCAUCUACCAUCAUUAUGAAGAGCAUGAAUGGAAGCUUCAGCAGCAAAAGUAAAUAUAUCCAGGAUUACAAUUUUGUGAAGCAAUAAGUAUCUUAAAAUUCUUACACUGUACUGUGGGAGGACUGAUCCAUCUUGCAUCAUUUGAGGACUAGCACUAGGCAAGGACUUGCUGCACUGUAUGUAAGCUUAUUUUUUACGACCACCACGUUCUUUAAGUUGAAGCUGAAUGACAGUGCCAUGUCCUACAUUAUAGUAUGCUAGUGAUUGGGAAUCCUUGAAGAACAGACCAUCUCUAGCCAACUUUUGUUUGCCUGGAGGAAGACCAGUCUCAUCAUGAACUUUGGCCUUAACCACAGACACUGGAUCAGUCAGAGGAAGAGUAAGAGUAAGUGUCUGGCCAGAAAGUCGCCACUCUGGUUUGUCUGUCACAACUGGCACUGCCACUUGGAAUUUAACAGGACCAGAGAAUCUGCGAGUCCAUUCUGCUUCGGGCACAAGCGUCUCCUCUGUACGAGCUCGUUUAGCAGCAGGGCCUUCAUCUUCAUCCUUAUCUCCCCCUCCCAUGUUUCCCAUUCCUCCACCAACUCCUGGCUGCGAUCCAGCAGGUGGAGCAGGCUGAGGUUGUGAAGCCAUGAAACCCCCCACGGGAGCAGCUGGGGGUCCAGGCAUGAAUCCUCCAGGUCUGGGGGCCAUCAUAACAGGUGAGCGGGGCACUACCAUCACACCACUUCCUGGAGGAACCAUGGGAGCCAUUGGAGGAGGAAGUGGAGCACCAAUGUUCACUGCCAUCAUUGACUGAGUAGGAUUUACAACUGCAGGCUUUGGGGGAGGUGGAGCUGGUGCUGGCUGUGGGGCAGAUUUUGGUGGUGGUGGAGGAGGCUGUGGUUUUGGAGGUGCUGGCUGUGGUUUAGGUGGUGGUGGAGGGGCAGGUCGAGGUACAUUAGUGGCUGAGGUGGUAGAAGAUGGUAAUUUAGGCUGAGGACCAAUCUUUUCUUUCUCUUGAUCAGGAAGUAGUCCUUUAACCUUGUGAAUCUGGUGGAUCUGCUCAUUGAUGGAAAUAUUGGCCCGAGCAGCUCUUGUGGCAGCCUCCAUGGAUCCAGUGUGCCCGUCCCAUGUCACCUUCUCCUCACGUUUUUCCUCCUCUCCAAUCUUCUUACCAAUAAUUGUUUCCUCGUCUCCGGCACCAAAAAUAUCAGUACGGCGUUCUGCCAACUGCUUCAGUGAGGAACGGAUGGAUUCUCCUGUUGCAAAUACAGUAUCCUGAUUGGUCUUCUCAGCCAUUUGACGAUCUCUGUCUUCAAGCCAGCGAGGAUCCAACAUGUUAAUUCUUAAGUGCUGACCAACCUUGUCAGGUGCAAUACGCUCACCAGUAAUGGGUGAAACAAGAUACUGGUCUGAGGAAGUAGCACCAGCAGAUGGGCGAGGCUGUUGCCGAGGAUCAUAAUCUUUGACCACAACUUGACCAGCAACAGGUGGGGCAGGAGCUGGCUGUGGAGGUUCUCUUGGUAAAGGUGGCUGGGGAACCUUGAUGUCUGGUUGAGGAGGUGGCAUCUGUGGUUGAGGUGGUGUGUCUUCAUCUGAGUCUUCCUCUUCACUGCUUUCUUCCUCCAUAUCUUGCACUUGUGUGUCAUCCCGAUCACCAGGAGCACCCUGCUCUUCUUCUGGUUCCUCCUCAUCAUCACUUCCCAACACCAUGUCUGUGUCAGGAGUAACACCUUCAUCUAUGCGCUCCUGGAGGAGGACACGCCGGCCUACCUCAGCUGGAGAAGUUGGUGGUGGGAAAGAACCAACCUCCCAAGGCUGAUAAUCAAUGGUUUCAACCACUGUAAAAUCAUGCCAGUCAAUUGCAGCAUAUUCCAGCCUUUCCCUUUCAGCAUCCUCUUCCUCCCGCUUCCUAACAGCUGCCUGGUGGCGUUCCCAUUCCACACGCUGAUUAACCUG